AUGCAUUUCCGAGACAGCAAAAGGAAAGUGGACUACGUCUUAGUCUACCACUAUCGAAAGCAUUCCUCGGACCACGGUGGGGAUUCUCAAGGGCCCUUACAUAGGCCGGGCUCUUUGGCGAUUAUUUCUAAUGGGGAGACCGCCAAAAGCCAGCAGAAGCAACAGGAUGGAUCUACUCCAGAAGCCCAAAUCAUUGAUGUCGCUCCACAAGAUGCUUUGGAGGUUGCAAAAGAGGAGCAGAGGGAGGAGUUUGAACGCAACCUGGUGGAAGCUGGUUUGGAGUUAGAAAAGGAAGUGGAGGAUAAGAGUCAAGGAUUAAGUUUUGUCCGAAUACACGCACCAUGGAAUGUCCUAAGCCGAGAAGCCGAGAUUCUGAAAAUCAAGAUGCCCACUAAAAGAACUUAUGAAAUCAAAGAAGAAGGAGGAAUUGUCAAGAAGCUAUCAUCGAUAUGGCAGAAAUGUACAGAACCUUUGCAGCCUAAAGUGCCAGAGGAAACUACCACUAGGAUGAAGAAUUUAUCUUAUCCCUUUUCCAGAGAAAAAAUAUAUUUGUACAACAUUCAAGAUAAAGAUACUUUUUUUGACAACGGCACCCGCAGUCGAAUUGUCCGUGAAAUUUUGAAGCGCACAUAUAGUUCAAAAGCCAAAAACAGCAUGGGUAUUAACACAUUAAUAGCAAAUAAUGUUUAUGAAGCAGCUUAUCCUCUACAUGAUGGUGAAUAUGAAGGUGAAAGUAAGGACAUGAAUGAAAGGAAGCUGUUAUAUCGAGAGUGGGCACGAUAUGGAGCGUUUUACAAGUUUCAGCCUAUUGACCUCAUAAGAAAGUAUUUUGGAGAAAAAAUCGGAAUGUAUUUUGCCUGGCUGGGGUUAUAUACCGAAUUUCUUAUUCCAUCCUCUCUCAUUGGGAUUGUCGUGUUUGUCUACGGGUGUCUGACCAUUGAAGAAGAUGUUCCAAGCAAGGAGAUGUGUGACCAACAUAAUGCCUUCACCAUGUGCCCUUUGUGUGACAAGACAUGUGACUACUGGAACCUCAGCACAGCUUGUGGAACUGCACGUGCCAGCCACUUAUUUGAUAAUCCAGCCACCGUCUUCUUCUCCGUUUUCAUGGCCCUCUGGGCCACAAUGUUUCUUGAAAACUGGAAGCGUUUGCAGAUGAGGUUGUGUUAUUUCUGGGAUCUCACAGGAUUGGAGGAAGAAGAAGAAUAUCCCAGGCCAGAGUAUGAAACAAGAUUAUUACAGAAGAAAGCCAGAACGGAAAAUACCAAAAUCGUGACUCAGGAUGAGGAGGAAGAGGAAAAACUCACCUGGAGAGACCGCACACCUGGCUACUUAGUGAACUGUGCUUCCAUCUUGUUUAUGAUUUCACUGACUUUUUCCAUAGUCUUUGGUGUGAUUGCAUACCGGAUAACCUUAGCGGCCGCACUCUCCAUGAGCACCAAUGGGUCAUCCAAGUCCAACGUGAGAGUCACCGUGACAGCGACAGCAGUCAUCAUAAACCUCGUGGUGAUUCUAAUCCUAGAUGAGAUUUACGGAGUUGUUGCCAAAAAAUUGACCGAAAUGGAGGUUCCCAAAACAGAAAAAACAUUUGAGGAGAGGUUAAUUCUGAAGGCUUUCCUGCUGAAAUUUGUAAAUUCCUACGCGCCCAUUUUUUACGUGGCAUUUUUUAAGGGAAGGUUUGUGGGGCGCCCUGGGCAGUAUGUCUACAUGUUUGCUGGUUACCGAAUGGAAGAGUGUGCCCCUGGGGGAUGCUUGAUGGAACUUUGCAUCCAGCUCAGCAUCAUCAUGUUGGGGAAACAGCUGAUUCAGAAUAAUAUAUUUGAAAUAGGCGUCCCGAAAUUAAAGAAACUGUUGCGUAAACUAAAAGACGACAGGUCGGAGGAGAAGGAAAGCCAUCCAGAUCCAUCUAAGCAGCCUCAGCAAUGGGAGCUGGAUUACGCCUUGGAGCCAUACACGGGGCUGACCCCGGAGUACAUGGAAAUGAUCAUACAGUUUGGCUUUGUGACUCUCUUUGUGGCCUCCUUUCCUCUGGCUCCAGUGUUUGCCUUGUUGAACAACGUCAUUGAAGUUCGACUCGAUGCCAAAAAGUUUGUGGCUGAACUAAGAAGGCCCGAUACUGUGAGAGCAAAGGAUAUAGGAAUUUGGUUCAAUAUUUUGAGUGGCAUCGGAAAAUUUUCAGUCAUAAUUAAUGCCUUUGUCAUUUCAGUCACUUCGGAUUUUAUUCCACGCCUUGUCUACCAAUAUGUGUACAGUCACAACGGAACCAUGCACGGCUUCAUCAAUCACACCCUGUCGUAUUUCAACGUCAGUGACUUUAAGGCUGGAACCCAGCCAGAAAACUCGCCAUUUGAAAACGAGGUUUCAUUCUGCAGGUUUAAGGACUACAGAGAACCACCGUGGGCCGAAAGCCCAUAUGAAUUCUCCAAGCAGUAUUGGUCUGUUUUGUCUGCCCGUCUGGCAUUUGUCAUUAUCUUUCAGAAUCUGGUCAUGUUCCUCAGCGUGCUGGUGGACUGGCUGAUCCCAGACAUCCCCAAGGACAUCAGUGAGCAGAUCAAGAAGGAGAAGAGCGUGCUGGUGGAUUUCUUUUUGAAGGAAGAGCACGAGAAACUGAAGCUGAUAGAAAACUUUAUCAACCGGGACAAACAGAGGAGUAGGAGUGAGAGGAAGAGGAAGAGGAGUCGGGCGGCCAGUUUCUCCCAGUUCUACCGAAGUCGCCGGGGGAGCUUCACGUCUCUUAGUUCAAGACACAGCGAUGUGUGA